AUGAGCAGUCAAAUCGCUGAUAUCGCCGCAACAACUAUGAAGACGGUCUCAGCAAGCCCAUCCCACACGAGACUCCUAGGGUACCCUCUACUGGAGACGGACGAAGUCACUGCUUCCCCUAGAGAUGUCGUACUGGAAGGAGCCGCUGGACUGUAUGUGGCCGUCACAGAGCUACCACCCACUGAAGUAGAAGUCAUCCUUGCUGUAGUCCUCGCACCAGUGGUUGAAAUUCCUUCAAAACCACGACAGGUCCGAUACGAAUAG